GAGGGGUGGAAGAGGAGGAGAGGCGGAGACAAAGGCCUCGCGUCCGGACGUGGGGGGAGGAGAAAGGGGAGGGCCCUUUGUGGCUGGCGUAAGGGGCGGGGCCACGUUCGCCUUGGCGCGAAUUUUUUUUUUAUUUCAAGCUUCUUUCUAGCGCUGCCAGUGGAGAGCGGGGCGAACUGGGCGCACGCGGAGCCACGGAUAAAGUGAGGGGCACGAGAGGGACCAAAAGCCAUGAGGAACCGCUAUUUCACCAGACUCAAGGCCAUACGGAAUUACUCCUGGCACGACUUGGAGCUCUAUGACAGGAAGCUUCACCACAAGUUCUACAGAAGCAUUUGUGUGACGUCCCCAAACAGCAGCGUCAAACACCAGAUCAGCGUGGGGGACUUCAUGCUGGUGGAGGGCUACGAUGAUGACAACCCGUAUGUCGCGAAGCUGCUCAAGCUCUGUAGGGACGUCUCUUCCUCGGACUCUGAGCCAAACUCGCACGCUGUGGUUCAGUGGUUCAUUCGCUUGAGUGAGAUCCCCAUCGGCAAGCGCAAGCUGCUCGGCCGGGAGGCCGCCGAACAGGAGAUCUUCUGGUACGAUGACCCUCCCAGGGACGUCAGUGUCAAGAGCAUCCUCGGCCCGGCCCAGGUUGUGGCUUUGGCCCCGGAGCAGGGGAUUCCCAAGGGGCCGAAGGACGAGCAGACGUUCUACGUCAGACUCUCCUGGGACAACAAGCGCUUCCGCCCCCUGGCCCCGAAGCUGCUUGCCGAGAUGAGGAGGCCGCAGGAGCUGAGCCCUCGGCGCAACGCCUCUCCCAGGGUGGCGGGGACCCGGCCCGGGGACACUGCGGAGCGGGGGAUCGGGCGCAUAGAGGCGCGGCACUCCAUCUCCAAGUCCUGUCCGUCCCAGGAAAUACGCGCCAGCCGGGCCCCCCGUUCUUCCACUCCUCCUCGGGCCAGGAAACGCCUGGAUCUCGGAAGCCCGCAGAGGACGCCCUGUGAGUCUCCCCGCACGAGGCUCAAGCUCAGCCAGCCUCAGCUUCCCAGCAGUCCCUGGAGCUCUCCGGGACCAAGUAAAAGGAAAGGGGCCCUUCCCGAGAGCCCUUCCCCCCACAAGAAGACUCGCGCCAACGGCGAGAUUCAAGCCCUUCCCGUCUCCCAGAAGGCAGCAAAGAUCCAUGAGCACAUGAGGCUUGCUCCUGUCCAGGGAGCCGUGGGAGCCAGCCCCCCCAUGACCCUGAGGCCCCACAUCCGCCAGCCCAGGGGGGCCAAAAAGUCAGAUGAGGAGGAGGAGGAGGAGCGGGCCGAGAGGCCGCCGGGCUGCAGGAAGCAGUCACGCAAGUCCUUGAGAAAGAUCAAGGAGACUUUAAGAAUCCUAGGUGACAGGAGUUGGGACUCGGAGAGUGAGGCUGAAUACCUGCCGGGAGCCGCCGCCUCCAGCCCCGACUGCAGCAGUGCCGAGGAGGAAGAGGUGUCCACGCCCCACAAGCGCCGGAGAACGCGGAGGACCACGCUCAGCGCCCAGCGCUCUGCCAGCAAGUCCCUCGCCGAGUCCCUCCAGGCCACCCCUUCCAAGACACGGUCCAAGACCCCAUCCAAGACGCCUUCCAAGACCCGGUCCAAAACUCCUUCUAAGACCCCAUCCAAGACACGGUCCAAGACGCCUUCUAAGACUCCUUCCAAGACCCCCCAAAAACCACCUGAGCUCAGGACCCCCCAGAUCCGCAGGCGCAGCCAGGCUGCCCAGAAGCCCGUCAGCGCGCUUGAGGAGGCCCGGAUGAGGCUCCACGUCGCUUUCGUGCCCGAGUCUCUGCCUUGCAGGGAGCAGGAGUUUCAAGACAUCUACAGUUUUGUGGAAAGCAAACUUCUCGACGGGACGGGAGGGUGCAUGUACAUCUCCGGGGUCCCGGGGACAGGGAAGACGGCCAUCGUGCACGAGGUGAUCCGUUGCCUGCAGCAGGCUGCCCACGCAGAGGAGCUGCCCUCCUUCCACUAUGUCGAGGUCAAUGGCAUGAAGCUGACCGAGCCCCAUCAGGCCUACGUGCAGAUCCUGCAGAAGCUGACGGGUCAGAAGGCCACCGCCAGCCACGCUGCAGAACUGCUGCAGAGGCGAUUCAGCCAGCCCGCACCCGCCCAGGAGACCACGGUGCUGCUGAUGGACGAGCUCGACCUCCUGUGGACCCCGAAACAGGACGUGCUCUACAACCUGUUUGACUGGCCUAGCCACCGGGGCAGCCAGCUCGUGGUCCUGGCCAUCGCCAACACCAUGGACCUGCCUGAGAGGAUGAUGAUGAGCAGGGUGGCCAGCCGCCUGGGCCUCACCAGGAUGUCCUUCCAGCCUUACACCUACAAGCAGCUGCAAGAGAUCAUCGCGUCCCGCCUGCAGGGGGUGAAGGCCUUUGAGGAGGACGCCAUUCAGCUGGUCUCCAGGAAGGUUGCAGCCCUGUCCGGCGAUGCCCGGCGCAGCCUGGACAUCUGCAGGCAAGCCACAGAGAUCUGCGAGUUCUCCGACCAGAAGCCCGACUGCUCCAGCCUGGUCAAGGUGGCUCAUAUCCUGAAAGCCACCGAGGAGAUGUUCUCCUCUUCCUACGUACUGGCCAUCAAGAACGCCUCCGUCUUGGAGCAGGGUUUCCUGAGAGCCAUCCUGGCCGAAUUCCAUCGAUCAGGCCUGGAAGAAGCCACACUGCAGCAGGUCUACCAUCAGCACGUGGCCUUGUGCAGAAUCGAGGGUCUGCCGCACCCCACGGUGUCCGAGACCAUGGCCGUGUGCUCCCGCCUGGGCUCCUGCCGCCUCCUGCUGGUAGAACCCAGCAAAAACGAUCUGUUGCUGCGAGUGCGCCUGAACGUGAGCCAGGAUGAUGUGCUCUAUGCCCUGAAGGAAGAAUGAUGAGGAAGUCAGGAGAAAAUAUAUAAUUUAUUACAAAUUAUUGCUAUUUUUAAAUUCAGUUUUUAUUUUUUUAAGGAAGGAAUGGAAAUAAUUUUAUCAUGUAUUUUUAAAAAUUUACAUUAAAAAUAUUUUGGGGGGGGUUCUAACACACCUUUGGAAAGUUAGAACGUCAUUACUAGUCAAGUGUUUUAAACAUUGAUUGGGUUGUACAGAAACAUUCAUCACCUCAGCUCCCACAGCCCCGUGAAGACUGACUGAUAUAACCUGAGGUGAUUGUGCUAAAGCCCAACCCAUUAAAAAAGGAAGAGAGUAGUAUCUUUCAAUUAUCCGGACAAUUCAUAAAAACGAGGUCACCACAAGUCACUGGGAAAGACAUGGAGGUGAAAAUCUUCUGGUUUGGGGAAGAGAAAGGACCUUGCUGUUUCCAUUUGUUCACACAGUGAGCCCCAGCUCUGCCCUCAGGGAGCUUCCUGAUCCCAAAAUAGGAUAUCAGUGUGCAACAAAAAAAAUUGGGGGGCCUGUGGGUGCAUGAUUUUUUGUCUGCAGGUGAUUGUACACGCGGAGCCUCCGAAGCUGAGGUGCGACAAAGUAGGAUCAGUUCUAGCUCUCGGCUGCUAAUUCUGGCCUAACGUUGCCAAAGAAACCCAGGUCCUCCAUCAGCCAGCAGCACACCAUCCAUAUGUGGAGCCGUGGGUUAACAGCAAACGGAGAUCAACUAGAACCCUGAAAAACUGCAGAAGAAUUGUUUUGUUCUGGGUUAAAAGUGAUACCACAAGUUGAGACGUCAAAAGGAAUUAAAUGAGUGCUGCCGAGGCUUGGAAGGUAAAUUAUCAGUGAAGUUCCAAAAGUACAGAAAAUACAAAAAGGAUUUUCUUGUUUCGGAAAGUAACGGCUACUCAGAUCUAUCAGAACGAGAGACCAAAAUGAACACAGAACAAAAUCUACUGAUCACCUCAAUCAAAAUUAGGGAAUGUUAAGUCAAAAAUUGGAACCAAAAAUAAAAUCCAGUUUUUUUUUUUUUUUUUAAGUACAUGAAUGGAAAGCCUGAGAGACAAUGUCUCUGGGUAAUUAGACUUUGAUCCUAUUAGUGAGAGACUAUCUCCACCCAGACCACUUAACCACUCUAGGCCAGAAUUCACCUAAAUGGGAUUCUCUUUUUACUUUAAUCAAAAAUAAGCUUUCCAAGUCAAGUGGAGUUCCACCCAGGAAUGAGGAGAAUGUGUCAUUUCUAGAUGUGAAUGAGGAAGUAAUGAGAAAAAACCCUAAUAAGCAACCUAAUAAUUUGCUAAUCAUCAGAAAAGGAAUCUUUCCCCUCCACCCCCCAGAAAGGGAUACACUAGGAAAAAAGGUGUUAGAAUAGUUCAACCUUACAUCCCAAGUAGAAGAGCACAGAAUAGUCAUGGGAGCAAGCUUGCAAUGUCACUUAAGCUUCACUUAGAACCACCUGGAAGAAGGAUUGGACACCACAGAACUAGGAAAUCAAAUUAUGAAAUAAUUUUAAAAGGCUGAAGCAUUCUGAUCAGUGCAAUAGGCAAGCCUGAUUCCCAAGGAUGACUUGGGAUAAUCCCUACUACCCAUCUGACAGAAGAGAUGGAUUCAAGAUACAGAGUAAGACUUUUUUUUUUUUAAAUAUGCGAAUUUAUCAUGCUUGACUCUGCAUAUUUGUUGCCAGAGUUUUUUCUUUUUCCCCCCAGGGUGGGUCAAGAAAGAAAAAGUAAGCAACUGAAAUUUUGUAAAUAAAAUAAAAAGCAUUAAAAUGAGAAAA